CUUUCCACGCGCCCGCUGAGCCGCAGCUUCCCAUUGGGAGACGGGCCGGUGGGCGGGGCCAAUUUGAACGGGCGGCGGCGGGGAGCGGCGCCAUGAUGAAGCCUCUGAGGGAUCGGGAUCGGGAUCGGGAUCGGGAUCGGGAUCGGGAUCGGGAUCCUGGUGCUAUCGAGGGUCCCGGCCCCACGAUGAGCUCCCCGCAGCCCACUGCGGCGCCAGCCGACGGCUUCGCCUCCUCAGACGAUGAAGCCGCCGAAGAGGACCUGAGCCCGCCGCUCCACAUCUCCUGGUUGUCUUUGUCUCCUGUCUACUCUUCAGAGUUCCUGGGAUUAUGUUCCCUUCCAGGUUGCAGGUUUAAGGAUAUCAGAAGAAACCUUCAGAAAGAUGUAGGAGAACUGAAGAGCUGUGGGGUCCAGGAUGUCUUUGUGCUUUGUACCAGAGGAGAGCUCUCAAAGUACCGAGUACCAAACCUGAUGGACGCCUACCAACAGCACGGGAUGUGUGUGCACCACCACCCCAUUCCUGAUGGCAGUGCUCCUGACAUUGCCACCUGCUGCAAGAUCCUGGAGGAGCUCAGAAGCUGCCUGGAAAAUAAGCAGAAAACAAUGAUACACUGUUAUGGUGGCCUUGGACGCUCAUGCCUUGUGGCUGCCUGUCUCCUGCUCCAGCUUUCAGACACCCUGGCACCUCAGCAGGUGAUCGAGAGCCUCAGGAGCCUGAGAGGAUCAGGGGCCAUCCAGACCAUCAAGCAGUACAAUUUCCUCCAUGACUUCCGGGAGAACCUGGCUGCACACCUGGCAACAGAGGACCCGCUGCUGAGAUCGGCAUCGCGGUAGCUGAUCCUGCCACGGCGUCUGUGCCUGUGUGGAGAACUCCUGGACAAGACACCUCUCUCCUGCCCUUUCCUCAGUGCUACUGCCUCUGUGACACAGCUGCUGCCUUCCAAAUCCGUGUGUAAAGUAUUGGGAUGGGGAAGGAAAUCCUAGAGAACAUGUGGUAUCUUCCCAUCUUUGGUGACUUUAAUACUCGCUGCCUGAAAAACACGUGUACAAGUGUGUUUGUGUCCAUUGCUGUUCUGCUGGGAGAAUGGAGCUGGAGAGAAAUUCCAUCUCUGGAGCUGUUUAAAAACACCCUCACACCAUCGGCUCUGCUGUAAAGCAAAGUCAAGUCAAGCUGGAGCACUCACCCCUUACGAGCUCCUAACAACUUGUUGUGAAGUGUCACGGUUCUGCUCCAUGUGUUGAGGGGUAUUUGGGAAGGAGUCUCCUCAUUCCAAAAGCAGGUGGUGUUGCACCACAAAUCUGUGACAAAGCCAGCAGGGGGGUUGUAGGUGACUGUGGCAGGAAGACACUGCUGCAGCUGCGUGGGUGAGCUGGCACAGCCCUUCUGCCUGCUGCCAGCACUGAGAGUAAACAAUCAGCUGUGGGCUGGCAGGAUCUCACAGGAACGGGCCUCUAGCAGUCCCCAGCCCUCCUGAUUCACUAUAUCCAUUCAAAGUUCCUGGCUUUGCUAAAGUUCAGGAUUUUGAUAAAGUUCAGGACCAUCUCAAGUCAAAAGCUGGGACAAGACCCCACACAACACCAAGGGCCUGGUGUUGAAGAAGUCCCUGCUUUGUGAACUUCAGAAUUUAUCUUUUAACAUUUGAACUUUGAGCACAAUGUGCUUUCUGCAGAUUGAUUAGUGUUUACUGCCAUUCCCCUCCAUACUCUAACAGCAAACAGGAACUUUUCCAGUUUCACAGUAUAGAAUAAUUUACAGCAAAUACCCUGCCCCAUAUGUGCUUCAGUGCUUAAUCCUUGCAACUAAUGGCUUUCAGAUAUUAAAUAUUUAUCACAUGACUCAGCAGGAAGCUUGCUGAGGGCAAGAGAAAUGUUCUUUAUCUUCUCCAUAAUCAUUUUGCCUACUAGAACUCUAAAAACAACAAUCAGGACCACAUUUUGAAUGCCAAAGGCCUGGUACUCCAGCAAGGCAUCACACAAGAGCUCCUCCAACAUUCCUGGGAAAGGAGGCUGACUUUGCAGGACAGGGAUGGUGUUAUCCACACCCCUGGCAGCUGGGAAUACCCAUCUGCACCCCAGGUCCAGCUGAAGCAGGACAGUGCAAACACUUUGGUAAAUAUUGCUGGGCCCUUGCAGCUGGAGGGGCUGCAGGAGCAGCUGUCAGUUGGGCUCACUCAGGCCUGCAUUGUUUAUUCCCGUGUGGAAUUUGGCUCAAACCAGCCCAAAUGCCAAGGGAACAAGAGAUUUGUUUAGAAGGUUGAGGAGAGCCAGGGGCUACAAGCAGCCAGUCUUGUUUCCAUAAUGGAUUAAUAAACAUACAAACAUAAGAAAGGUUUAAUGAGCUUUGCUUCCACAGGCUGAAGUCAUCUCUUACAUCUUUGGAAGAGCCAAGCAGCAGAAAAAUAAAAAUGAGCCAAUAGGAACAAUAUUCAUGAGUUUCCAAAAAAGCCUUUCAAAAAUUCUUCGGUGAAAAGCUAAAAAUUAUGGUUGCACGAGGAAAAAAACAGUCAUGGAAUGCUGAAGGUUUGAGCAGUAGGGGCACAGGAAAUGUGAGAAAAUCUAUUUUAUGUACAAAGCAAUAAACUGUCAGGACUAUUAUUAAUUAGGAAAGAGAACUUUAACUUAUCACAGUCUGAAUUCUCUUACCCCCCAGUAUAUUUAUAAAAACUAGAAUCUACCACUCUCCAUCCCCUGGGAAUCCAAACUUUGUGUGAUAAUAGCCUAGAAAAGGGGAACAUUGUGGAGGAGAAAGGACAGUCCCAAUCCAUGGAAGGACUUCCAAGCAGAGACCACACUUAGCCCCUGUGACAGGUGACAUGAGUAAAGUGUUCAUUCAUACCCAGCACAAACAAGGGGAAAGGGAGACAUUUUCACCAUGUCCUCAACAAUAAGAGCCACUAAGUGAAGUCUGGCAGAACUGUUAAAUGCCAUUUUUUACACACAGCAAUUCCAUUGCAGAUUCACUGUCAGGAUUGCCCAGAGAAGCUGUGGCUCCUCCAUCCCUGGAGUGUCCAAAACCAGGGGUGGAGCAGCCUGGGAUAGAGGAAGGUGUCCCUGCCAUGGCAGGGUGGAAUGACAUGGGAUUUAAUUUAAUGUCCCUUCCAACACAAACUGCUCUGGGAUUCUGUGAUCUUCCAGACCAGGCUACAAAGUGCUCCACAAGCAGCUGAACUGAUGGCACAAAAGCCAUUCAGAGCUUUUUAAAAUGCCAAAGCCCACUCAGGACAUCUGUAACAAUUAUUUCCAAAUUUCUCCCUCUUCAGGCAGACACUCAACACCUGCCCUGUUUCAUAUUCCUUCCCUCAGCCAUUGCCACUGCCCAACACCAGUGUUGGAAUAUCUGGAUUUCUGGUGGAACCUAGUGCAGCCACUCAUACAAUUUUCACUGCCCCUAACACCCAAGAGACCCAAAGUGAACAAAUACACAGUUUAUGCAAAAAAAAAAAGUUUUUACUAGAACAGGGAAACUCUGCAUUGUUCUCCAGCACAGGUAAAUGAAAAAGAUCCCUAAUUAUUACUUGUAAAUUAAGCAGCUGUUCACAGUCACAAUUUACAAUGCAAUAUUUAUCUGAAACAUCCUUCCAUGCCCCAUCUGCUAUUUACUUCAGGGAAAAAAGCUUCAGGAAAUCAGAGCUUCCCUUUUCCAGAGGUAAUUAAAUUCUGUAUUCUAUUUUUAAAGGGAAUGCAAUAAUCUACUGUAAAACAACUGAUGAACACAGCGAGGAUCUGCUGAAUUUGUAAACAAAACAAAAGGCACCACAUAAAAAAGAAAUGUUGCUGAAUUUGAGAUUUGGUUUUUAUUAUCAUUUAUUGCACUAAGGAACAGCGGGGCAGUUUCACAAUCUCACCUUCUGCUUUGAAAGAGUCUGUAGUAUUUACUACUCUUAAACCCAAGAGUGUUUUCAUCAUUGGACUUGAUAAACGUUGGAGGUUUGUCCAUUUGUUAAUCAGCACAGACAUAAAAAAAAAGAACAUUUAAAUUCAUUCCUCCAUGGAAAUUCAGCUUCUCCUAUCACAAUGACACAGGCUCGAGAUUAAAGCAGGGUUAGUGUUUGGAGAAGAUACAGAAGGCUCUGGACCUAUGGAUGCACAUACAGGGGAAGAUUAACCAGAUAAUAAAAAAAUAAACCAAAAUACAACUAUUUUUGCUUUUGUGUCCAUGAAUUAAUAUCCUAAGACCAACAUCACCUAUGGGCAAAACAUACAGCAUUCCAGUCAUUCCCAAGCACUUGGAGCUAGGGCUGGUUUAGAGUAAAGAGUGGGAUACACAAG